AUGGAGCCGAUCACAGCGACUUUGUUGACCGAAGAGAUGUGGCGCGAAUGCGACCGGCUUGGCAAUGAGAUGAUUGUCAGUAAAAGCGGAAGGUUACUUUUUAGAAUUUUAAUGAGAAUUUUCAAAAAGUGAUUUUUGUAGCUCAAAAGAUCAUUUUUAACUUUGAAAGCAUAAAAUGAAGUUUCAUGAUAUCAUUUUCAGAUCAUUAUUCCCGCGACUGUGCUACAAACUCGGAAACAUGGACCCCAACGCCUCCUACUCCAUUGGCCUCAGCUUAUCGCUGUGCAGCGAACGAGUAUUUAUGUUAGUAUAAGAGAAUGAUUCUGAAAGAAAAAAUGGAAAAAGGUUCAUGAAAAAAACUUUUUUGGGGGUCAGUUUCGAAAAGUCCAAAUAUUCUACAUAAGGAGCUGAUUGUUUAGAAUUUUUUAGGAAUCCUCACUUUUUCUCGAUCUUUUUCAUGUAGCUAGCGAGAUUUUCCGAUAAAUCAAUUAUUUUCAUUUUACCCUUCAUUUUUUUCUGUUUCUCCUGAAUUUUUUAAGGAAAAAUGUGAGAAAAAAGGUUGAUGAAAAAACUUUUUAGGGUGAACUUACUAAAAGUCGUUGUAGAUCGUCAAGACGCUCAGAAGCUGAUAGGAUUUUUUUUUCAGAAGUCACUUAAUUUACACGAUAAAAUUAUUUUUGGUUGUACGAUUUUGGAAAUUUUUUUCCACUUUCUCAUCAAGCCUACGCUUUUUGAUAAUUUUUUUCUACUUUUUUUGCCAUAUUUUUUUCUGUUUCUCCAAAAAUUUUUUUGAAAAAUCUGUUCUUUGUUUUUCUAUCAAGAUGCUUCUAUAGGUUUUUUUAUAAAAAAAUUAAAAAAACCUGGAAAUUAGGAAAAAAAUAAAGUCCCUAGUGAUGUGAGAGAGUUGGGAAAAAGGGCUGAGCUUUUUAUUUGCCCCGCCAUUUUUUUAAAAAAAUUUUUUUAUAAAAUUUGUGAAAUUUCUCUGAUCUCAAUUGACCCCCCUUCAUAAUUAUACCAAUAUAUGUGUUCCAGAUAUUCUCGCGAGCACGAGAAUUGGCUGGAAACCAACCGAGGGGCCAACCAACACGUCGCCUCGACUGUAUGGGGGUCGGCGGCUGCGUUAAAAGGCGAAGAUUGGAUGAAAACCCCCCUCAUGUUUUCCGUUCACCUGAGCAACUCCACCGAAGAGGUUGCCGAAAAAACGGUACUUUUUUAUAGAUUGCUGCUGAAAUGACCUUGAUUUAGCGAAAAUCGGUUUCAAACAGGCAAUUUUUCAAUUUUUCUUACUUUUAUUUAAUUUUUUCAGCAUUGAAAAUUCGCUCAUUUGUUGAAUUUUACCUGCUUUAAACUAAUGAUUUACCUGUUUUAAAAUCAGUUUUACCUGUUUUAAGCUUUCCAAUUCAAAGUGCGUAAACUCACUUGCAUAAGGACCCUGAAAAUUUCGUUUAAAAUAACCUUUUUAGCAUGAUUUUGAAACGAUUUGCCCAUUUUUAAGACUUCAAAGCUCAUUUUCGUCUUGAUAAUCUGAGGCUUAUUGUUAAAUCAAAUUGAAUUUGAGGCAUUUUUUCUCUUGGAAAUUUCAAAAAAUCCUUUUUCAAACUUCAAAACUACAUUUUUCGACAUAGACGCACUGUUAGGAUAUAAAUUUUUUGAGGAGAUAGAUUUUCAAAAAUUAUUCCUUCAAUUUAUCCAUAUUUUUCAUGGAAAUUUUCACUUUUCAGCUCCCAAUUCACUCUCGGCACAUGUACAAUCCAGUACUCACGAUUUACCGAGAAAGGUUCAUUUUUUCGUAAAUUUCCCAUAUUUUCAAUCUUUUUCAGUCCUCAAGGCCUUCUCCCAGUGUCUGUCUUUGAGUUCUCGUUCACUAAAUUCAUUUCCACGACUACUUAUCAGGUAUCUUUUCGAAAUUAUGAUGAAAGAUCAAUGAUAUAUUUUCAGAAUCAGAAUAUUUUAAACUUCAAAGUGGCCAAUAACAAAUAUUCGCGUGGCCAUGCGAUCGCGGCGAUGAAAAAGUUGACCGGAAGCGGGGCGAUUGAGAAGGUUUGGGGUGGAAAAAAAAUUAGAAAAAUGUGCAAUUUGCUUAGGAACUCCAGAGUGGUCCCUAUAGGGGCCCUUGUAUGGUCUCCUGUAGGGACCACUUUACGAUCCCUAUAGGGGCCACUACAGCUUGAAAAAGUGGUCUAAAAAUACUCAAGAAUUUUAGAGUGGCCUCUAUAGGGGUUAGAGUGGAAAAACAGCCCCUACAGGGGUCGAAAAAGUGGUCCCUAUAGGGGUUGUUGGAGCGGUAAACUUGGAAACUGGAGACUGAUCCCUAUAGUGGGAACUUUAAGGGUCCUUGGAGGGUCUCUUCUAGGUGCCACUUUACCAUCCCUAUAGGAGCCACUACGGCUUGAAGUGGUCCUUAUAGGGGAAAUUCUAUUUUUAUAUAAUCUAUGCGAAAAAGUGAAUAAAUAAUCGUUUUAAAGUGAUGUUGAAAGACCCCUACAGGGUUCACUUGAGCUUCAGGGGCUAAGCAGUUAUACCCUAAACCCCUAUAAGUACCACCUUGAUUUUACCCUAAAGAGACCACUUUUUCAAACCCAUUAGAAACUGGUUUCUGCCUAAUUCCUAUAGGGACUACUUUGAUUUUCCUAAGUAUGAGUUCGAAUUUUUCGUCAAACAGUGGCCAAGAGCAGUUUCCUUUAUUUGUGAUACCACAACCUCGUUUACUUCUCGUUUCAAUUUAUUUCUUUUUCAGAAGUCUAGGCCCGCAAAUCUGAAGAUGAUCAACAACAGAAGCUCGGUAGACGCGAAACACUCGUUGACCCCGCCUCCAGAAGCUCACCAAGCGGUUCAUCAGCACCAGCAACUGAACGCGUACACGCCGCCGCACCUGAUGAACGAUUACCCCGUCUAUUCGUCCUACACACCGAAUUCAGACCUCUCAUCGCCGGAAAGUUCGACGGUCUGGAGCCCAUUCCUACAGUAUCCCUACUGUCAGCCCCCGCCGGCCUACCAUAAUCCCGAGCCUUUUGAUUGUUUCCACUACCCUCCGCCGAUGUAUACUCCCUUGGAGCCUCUCAAUAUUCAGACCGAGUUUUUGAACUUGUAAUGUAUGUAGGUUGAUUGUCGGAGAGGUUUUUUGAAGAUUGUUAAAAUAAGUCAGCAGAAAUCUUUGAUUUUAAUAGUGAUUUUGAAAGUUUGAACUGAAUUUUGAACAUGACUUAUCGACUUCUCUGGUUCUGAAAAAGUUUCCAACAAAAUUGCGAAAAUUCAAAGUAGUCCAUUCACCUUCAUCUAGCGUUACUUGAAAAGGAAAAAAAAAUCUUCCCGACUAUACCUCAAACAUUGCUCAUAAUAAUUUCAUGUACCUCAUUUUCUUUGCAUUUUUCCAGAAUCUCCCAUUGAUUUUCAUAAUGUUGGCACAAUUUACGCACUUAUUUUUCCUAUUUCGGGUGAUUUUCUAUCUGUUUAUCAGCUGCUCAAUGAUUUCGUGAUAUUAUUUCGUUUUCCUGUGCAUUUUGUUGAUCAACCUUUUCAUGUGCCAAAAAUUGACCCAAUUUAUCUCGUUUCUAUAUGAGUUAUCUACAUCGAAUUUCAAAAAUUAAUAACGCAAAAAUGAAUCAAAUUCCCCCACUUAUAUUAAUAACAUAUUUUUAGGUUAUUGCUCUUCUCCUCUUGAGAAUUGUCCCUAUCGCUUUUUUUAGUGUUCUAAAUAAAGAAUGAUGUAAAAAUUUGGUUUUGUAGUUUUUAUGCGAAAAGGUUGCACCGCUACUGAUAAGAAAAGUCUUGAUUGUUAUCAGGAAUCGAUCAUUUUUGGGCAGAAGCUUUUUCUUUUUGCUCUUUCUGGACUUUUAUUGAUUUUGACAUUUUUUGAGGUCAAUAAUUUCAAAGAUUUGUAUGAACUAAUUUUUUUUAAAUUUUACCGGGAGCUGUGAAAGGAGAAAUUCGGGAGUUUAUUAAUUCAUUUUCUCAAAAAAACUUGGGUACUUUGAUCUUUUUGGAAUUUUUUUCAAGUCUUUGAGUUGAGCUAAAUUAAUUUUUCUUUCUUCAAGGGGAUCUCAGAAGAUUGGAAAGUAUUCUGGAAAAAAAGGUAUUUUAAUCUCUGAACUUGUUUUGAAGUCCUGCGGUUUCUAUGAUCUUUUAUAAAUCAACGGUUUUGAACGAUAAUUCCCUUUUUAUAAGUCUACUUCCAUAAUUACACCUUAUUUUUCAAGUCAGAAAUAUUUGUUUCUUUUCAGCAUGGACUGUUGGGCCAAUGUUCAGUGGGCACUUUUAGCCUUGUUCGGCUACGUUUUUUAUCAUUUUGUGGAGAAAAGGGUUGAAUUUUCAUCCAGUUGAUCACGAAAUAAAAAGAAGACUUUAGAGAAAUAAAAGAGCCUUGGAAGUGCUCAUUGAGCAGCGCAAACGACAAAGGGUGCUCAAUUUCAGUUGGGCGAAGAAGGUUUUUCAAACUAUAUUUCAAAUACACAGUUUGCUGAGCUGCGCUUUUUAUUCACGGUUGCUCAACUCAUUUGUUAUCAUUCUGUUUUCAUAAAUUUUUCGUUUUUCCGUGACCUUUAUUCAAUUUUUUUCCGUUAGUAUAAUUCUAAUUUCGUCUAUGAGAAGGCAGAAAAAUAUUUUUUUCCUCAUGCGUUUGUCUGUCUGUUCUAAAAAAAGAAGCAAUCGAAGCGAUCCAAUCAGAACUUUCUAUAAAAAAAGAAAUGGACCCAGGAAGUUGUUUUUUCAUAAAUUAUUCUGUAUGAAGAAAGAUAAACAACAAAAACUUUUUUUGAGGUCUCAUCACAGUUAGAUGAAGUUCGAGCUGAGGAAAUUGUCGCCUUGCCGUUUGAAAAAGUUGGCCGGUAGGAUUUUUUUCAUUUUUUUAAUGUAUAUUUCAUCAAAAGAAAUUUGUCGGUUUUUUUCGAAAAAUUAGACAAAAAAAUAUUGAAAUUCGGUUUGAAAAAUAAUUGAAAUUAUUUUUCAUAAUGUUGAUAUAUUGAUUUGGCCUUUUUUUGCUUUUUCUCUAAUUUCAAUUUUCUGCGCUUUUGAAAACAAUAAGAAUAUGAGUGAGUCGAAACGGAAGUUUGAAAUUUAGCGGAUUUUUUUUACGUUGAAACUGUUGAGAUUGUAAAUUAUAUUAUUUUCUCUUCUAAUUUUAGUUUUUUUGAAUUGGCAAUGUGUUUCAAGUUUUUUGAAAUAUUGAUGAAUUUUCUUGUACCUUUUUUUACAGAAAAAAACUGAAAAAGUCGCGAAAUCCUAUCAUCGGAAGCGCUACGAGCGUAUCAGCGUAAAGCUUUGGAAUGUACUGAACAAACGAAUUGCGUUUGUCUUUUUGUCGAGGUUGUUUUUUGUUAUUUUUAGCGAAAAAUGAGAGAAACUUGACCUUUAUGGAAUAUAUGAUAAGUCAAAGUUUACGUUAUGUGCUAUUUCGGAAUUAGUAACCUCUUUUUAGGUAAUGUUUCGAAUAUUUAGACUAAAAAAAGAUAAAUUAUAAGGGAAUUUUUCGACUUUUUUUAAAAUCAUUUUUUUAUUCAAUUUUUUUUAUUAGAUCAGGGGCGAUUUUUUUGAACUUAAAAAAAUAAAAAAAUAAAUGAAAAAUCAGCUUUUUUUCACGAAACUAAACUUUUUAUUUAUGUAUAUUUUGAUUUUUUUAAAAACUUCAUUUCCACGAAAAAAACGAUGAAAAACAAGAUUUUUUUCACUUUUUUUUUGUCAUUUUCAAGUUGAAGUUUGAAAGGAUUUUUUUCUCUUUAACUUACAAUUUUUUUCAUGUUAAAUAUCGAAAAAAAUUGGUUUCGGAACUCUAUUCGAUUUCUCUAUUUGAAUGAUAUUCAUUUUAUUAUAACAUAAAUUUUAGAAGUUCGAGUUUAAUUCAUCGUAAUGAUAAACCUCCUUGUCCUACGUUUCACUGAAAAAUCUUUAUAUAUAUCUCUUUUCUUCCUAUUCCGGUGAAAAAUCUCAAAGUAACUAGUGUUUUGGCCUUGAAAAAGUUUUUGAUGUUUUUUUAUUGAAGUUUCGAAUUAGAUUUCGCAUCAAUUAAGGAAAAAUUUAGGCUUUUUGACGAGCUACCAUAUAAAAAAAUGCAUGAUUUUUUUGCCCAAAUCUUCUUGGAAAAAAAUAUAUUUCUAGUUUUGAAAAAAAUUGAUAUAGUUCUUGUUGAUAAGAAAUUUUCGAAUUUUUUUGAUGAAAAAUUAUGGUUUUUAAAAAGUUUUUUUCAUGAAUUGAAAUAUAAUGGAGAUGAUUCUAAGGACGCCCUCAGACAAGCGGAAGAACUUGAUGAAAGGGCGAAAUCGCCCGAUUUUAUCCCGCCACCAUUCUUCGGCAUCCCGAUCAGUGUUAAGGAGUCUGUUUGUGUAUGUUUUAUUCAUAGGCAAAGUCGAAAAGGGUGGAAAAGGCUCCAUAGAAAAGCUUCUUUUAGGGUGACAAAGGCUCUUUUUUUGCUGCCUCUCCCUUUUUUGACCACUUUAAAAUCAAAGAAAAAGUGGAAGGCUCGAUAAAGAGACCCUUUUUCUGCCUUUCUGCGACCUUUUUUGAGCCUUUUUGCAACCUUUUUGGAGCCUUUCUGCGACCUUUUUGCACCCUUUCUGCGACCUUUUUGCACCCUCUCUGCGACCUUUUUGCACCCUCUUUGCGACCUUUUUGCUGCCUUUUCGCGACCUUUCUUGAGCAUCUCUCUUUUAGCGACCAUUAUCCACCAUUCCGACUUGAAAAUUUUUGUGAUAAAAAUAAUCAUCGGUUUUCUAACAGAUCAAACACAUGGACUGUACCAUCGGAUUCGCUCAAAAUCUUAACGAAACCGCGAAAAACGAUGCGAAUGUCGUGAAGCAACUGAUUUGGCUUGGUGAAAUUCAAUUUUAAGUUUGAAAAUAAGAUUGCAAUUUUCCAGGAGCCGUUCCAUUUGUUCACACGAAUAUUCCACAGGCGUUGCUCAGUUUCGGGUGUACGAAUCCGAUUUACGGUAAAUUACACUGAUUUUUGAAAGCGGAAAAUCAGGCCAAUAAAUAAAGAGUAAGUUGAAAACAUAGAGCUGUUCGAAAAAAAGGGUCCUGACACGAUGAAAAAGAGACAGUGCUUGGUUAGUGGAGAGCCCAGGCAACCCACGUCCGAUCGAUUUAAAAAUAUUCCAGGAACCACCAGCAAUCCGCACGACGUGUCCCGAGUACCUGGCGGCUCGUCAGGCGGCGAAGCUGCUCUGAUCGCCGGCGGAGGGAGCCCUUUAGGGAUCGGAACGGACGUCGGUGGCUCCAUCCGCACCCCGGCGUCUUUUUGCGGAAUCGCAGGGUUCAAGGCAAGUUUAUUGAAUAUUCAGGAGCGCAUAAAUUGA